UCGGGUGGCUGACCAUGGCGACGGUGGCGGAGCAAUGGGUGCUGGUGGAGAUGGUGCAGGCGCUGUACGAGGCUCCAGCGUACCAUCUGAUUCUGGAAGGGAUUUUAAUACUUUGGAUAAUCAGACUCGUUUUCUCUAAAACUUACAAGUUGCAGGAGCGUUCUGAUCUUACAGCCAAGGAGAAGGAAGAACUGAUUGAAGAGUGGCAACCAGAGCCCCUUGUGCCUCCGGUCUCCAAGAACCAUCCCGCUCUCAACUACAACAUCGUCUCCGGCCCUCCGACCCACAACAUCGUGGUGAAUGGAAAAGAGUGUGUCAACUUUGCCUCCUUUAAUUUCCUUGGGUUGCUGGCCAACCCUCGGGUUAAGGCCGCAGCAUUCUCGUCUUUAAAGAAGUAUGGUGUGGGCACCUGCGGGCCUCGAGGAUUCUACGGCACAUUUGAUGUCCAUCUGGAUUUGGAAGACCGCCUGGCAAAAUUUAUGAAGACCGAAGAAGCCAUCAUUUACUCGUAUGGCUUCUCCACCAUAGCCAGUGCGAUUCCUGCAUACUCUAAGAGAGGGGACAUCGUUUUUGUGGACAGUGCGGCCUGCUUUGCUAUCCAGAAAGGAUUACAGGCAUCACGCAGUGACAUUAAGUUAUUUAAGCAUAAUGAUGUAGCUGACCUGGAGCGACUGCUGAAAGAACAAGAGAUUGAAGAUCAAAAGAAUCCUCGCAAGGCGCGCGUGACUCGACGGUUCAUCGUCGUGGAAGGAUUGUACAUGAACACUGGAACCAUCUGCCCUCUUCCAGAACUGGUUAAAUUAAAGUAUAAAUAUAAAGCAAGAAUCUUUCUGGAGGAAAGCCUGUCGUUUGGAGUCCUUGGGGAGCACGGGCGAGGUGUCACGGAGCACUAUGGAAUCAAUAUUGAUGAUAUCGACCUCAUCAGUGCUAACAUGGAGAACGCGCUCGCUUCUGUCGGGGGCUUCUGCUGUGGCCGCUCUUUCGUGGUUGACCAUCAGCGGCUCUCUGGCCAAGGAUACUGCUUCUCUGCUUCGCUGCCUCCCCUGCUCGCUGCCGCUGCCAUUGAAGCCCUCAACAUCAUGGAGGAGAGUCCAGGUAUUUUUGCAGUUUUAAAGAAAAAGUGCCAGAACAUCCAUAAGUCUCUACAAGGUGUUUCUGGUUUAAAGGUGGUAGGAGAAUCCCUUUCCCCGGCACUUCACCUCCAACUGGAAGAGAGCACGGGCUCUCGGGAGAAAGAUGUGAAGCUGCUUCAGGAAAUCGUAGAUCAGUGCAUGAAUAAGGGUAUCGCGUUGACUCAGGCCCGCUACUUGGACAAGGAAGAGAAGUGCCUUCCUCCUCCAAGCAUCAGGGUUGUGGUCACCGUGGAGCAGACAGAGGAAGAGCUGCAGAGGGCUGCAUCCACCAUCAGAGAGGCAGCCCAGGCUGUGCUGUUGUAGCUCCUGCCCGGUGCUUCCUGCCAUGUCACCUGCAGACGGAACUACUCAGAGACCCUGCCAUGUCACCUGCAGAUGGAACUACUCAGAGACCUCCAGCUGGCCAGAGAGCGGAUUGCUGCCCUUGAAUCCACAGCCAGAAUGGACGGUUGUAUCCAGCAGGAGCUGGCUUCUAGAGGAUGACAGAUGACAACGUCUCACUGGUGUUUAUAUGGUGCCAUGUGCUCUGUCAGGAUGCUUCACUAUCUGAUAUUUAUAUUUGCUUUUGUUUAAAACUGGAGCUUCCGUUCCCCCUCUCCCGGCUGUGGGAAUGAUUCAGUAAGCACUCCUCUGUAUUCCGUAGAAAAGGACUUUGCAGCUGAGAGGAACUCUCUGUGUCCCACAGUUACUGUGGGAGACUGAUAGACUGCGUCUUCCAGGUCCUCCAGGGAGAGCUCAGUGGUGGCUGCUCGCAGAGAGCUCUCUGUGUCAUAAACGUCAUGGACCAUGUUGAUCCUAGGACUCUGUGCUCCAGUUACUGAUAGGCAUGUCUAAUCCAAGCGUCACUAAUAUUCAUACUGCUUCCUAAGCAAUAAUCUGAAUCAAACAUUAUUUUAUUUUUGUGUAAUUGACUUUAUAUUUUUUAUAUAUUCUCUAGUCAGUUUUGGGAAGAGGGUUAUUAUUCUGGUCCCCAAAUACAAAUCAUGCCCUUGGUAUUUUUUAAUAUGUCCAAUGUCCUUUUUCAUGGUGGUUUUGUCCAGGAACGUAGAACUGUGGGCUUUUUCUAAGCUGAGAAAAAUGAGAACUUUCUUCAUUCAUUCUAUAAAUUCCCAAUGCCUCAGAAAACUAGGGAUGCUCUAAAAGUGAUUUCCGAACUGAACACUGCUGCUGUCCUUGGGAGCGUGCUGAGUGGUGUAACGGCUUGUGACAUGUGCCAGUUGUGUACAUGGAAGGCCAUUACUCCUUCUCUUGUUGCACGGGCAGAGGAAUUGGGUCAUUUAAACGUCAUUUUCUGAUGUGCAUUCAUGUUUCCCGAGGAUCAGCAUCUUUUUAAGUGAUGUGUGACAUUUAUAACGUUUGUAUUUCAUAUGUGCCUUGUGAUUGCUGCUGCAGUGCGGGUCCGCUCCACUCCUGUCGGGGUAAGUGUGCUUUGUCUUGGUUUUUACUGAAAUAAACUCCAAGAGCUCACAUUCCUGAAA